AAAACGGGCAUGGAAGAACUCAGAAGCAGUCGACAGGCCAAUUCGUCGAGUUUUUUGCCAAUGUGACAAUGCCAUUCUUGAAACGAGAGCAUCGCACCCGCGUUUACUAUGAGGUCCAUGGUGAAGGAACGCCGCUGAUUCUCACACAUGGCUUCUCCUCAACAUCGGCCAUGUGGCGUGGCCAAAUCGAAGACUUCACGAAAGCUGGAUACAAGGUGAUCACAUGGGACAUGCGUGGUCAUGGGAGGAGCACGUAUCCGGAUGAUCAGGCCGUUUACUCGGAGGCACACACAAUCGACGACAUGGCCGCAAUCCUGGAUCAAGUCUGCGGAACCGGCAGCAGUGCGAUAGUUGGUGGAUUGAGCUUGGGGGGAUAUAUGAGCCUUGCAUUUUAUCGGAAGUAUCCACAAAGAGUCGAGGCAUUGCUGAUAAUCGAUACUGGCCCGGGUUUCAAGAGUGACGCUGCGCGGGAAGCCUGGAACAAAGACGCGCAGAACACAGCUGCCAAGUUUGAACGCGACGGGCUCAAGAGUCUUCAAAGCGCGAGUGCCGAACGCUCGCAGGUGUCGCAUCGCAACGCUGAAGGCCUUGCGAUGGCUGCACGUGGUAUGCUUGCACAGCGAAACAACAGCGUCAUCAUGUCUCUGCCUAGCAUCAAGGUUCCGUCGCUCGUUGUUGUCGGUGCAGACGACAAACCGUUCCUUGCAGCGUCAGAUUACAUGCAGAAGAAAAUUCCAGGCUGUAAAAAGGUAGUCAUUCCUAACGCGGGCCACGCGGCCAACAUCGACCAGCCGGAGAGGUUCAAUGAGGCCGUACUGAGUUUUCUGGCGUCCAUCAGGAAUGAUACUUCUAAAGAUGGCAGGUCGAAAUUGUAA